AUGAGCAGUGAAUCAGAAGACACAUGGGAUUGGAGUGUUGAGGAUGACAAGUCUCCAGCUUCCACACAAAGUGAUCCUGGAGAUGAGGCCUGGAUUCCAAAAUGCCUUAUUUCCCUAUCAUCAACAGCUGAGGUCCUUGUUAUUGCUUCUGGAGAAGGAGCAUCUGUGUUGCACCGGAAAUUUGAAUCAUUAUCAGGAGAAUCAGAUGGACCACAAUAUGUCUUUUUCACAUCACUGUACUCUACAGGGGAAGAAGUAACAGCAUUGCUGUGCAUUCCUAUUGCCUCAGAAAGGAAAUCUUCACAUGGUUCUCCUGAUUGGACAUGCAUCAUUGCAGGCUUCUCUUCAGGACAUGUGAGGAUAUACACAGAGAUGGGUGUACUGUUGGUGGAAGAGUUGUUUCAUAUUGGACCAGUUCAACUCAUUAAGUACAAGCCCUUCUCUCCUCAACGUUUCCCAAGUGAUCAUGAAAUGCACGAAGACCUCAUCAUUUUGUACGAUGGGGCUUGCAUUGUAUUGGAUGGGAUUGGCCUGUAUCACACACUUAGAGCAUGCAAGAAUUAUGCUGCUAGAGCUCAAGCAAGUGGAACACAGACUCAACUUUCACCUAGUCUGGGCUACAGGAAGUUCUGUUUGAAUCAGCAAGAGGAUAUUGCAGACAUUGAAUGCCUUGGACACAAAUCCUUGUGCCGUUUUGAUAGCCUUCUGAAUGGUUCUCUACGAAAAGAAUUUGACCAGCCAGCAACAUCACAUGUUCCAGCCACAACUGUGUUCAUCACCUGUGGACAUUCACCUUAUGUGGGAUUUCGACAUGCUGCAGAAGGAACUAUUCAGAUCUCAUCCAUUGUUGCAUCAAAGGUGAAGGAAACAAUCGCCUCAGUUGCAAGUGGGUGGAUUCCAUUCCUGUCUUCAAAACCAGUGCAAAAGGAAGAACCUCCUGCUGAGAAGGGGACAGAGUUGACAUGUCGAUUUGGUCUGUCUGAUGAACAGAGAAGGGCCACCUUCAUUCUUUCUGAACCAAGAAGGAAAUUGUCUGUGCUCAUUGACACUCAAGAAGAUGCAGUUGUUGCUCGAGACCAUUAUGUCUUGAAGCAACUCCGUGGGAACUUCAAAGAUGUUGGCGGUGAAUUCACAGAGAAAUUUCAAGAGGAAUUGCUGUUGGGGGUUCAGAAGAUGAGAACUUCCAAGGUCCAGCUUCUUACAAUGAAGUAUUUUUUCAGCAAGGCUAUCCCCCUGCAAUUUGCCAAAGCCUUUGUGAACUGCCUUAUUGAUUCUCGACACCUUGGAGGAAAGGAGGGAAGUGUUGAGACAAUGGGAUUGUGGCAUGAAUGUGAGAGGUGCCUGCAACUUAUUCAUCUCUAUGAGGUGUUGCAAAAACAGCCUGACCCUGGAGAGUCAUCAGAGAAAGGAGAUGCAACACUUGAAUUAAUCCAGAAGUUAGAAGAAACCAGUUCUGUCAUGGAUGCCCCUCGAUCUGGCCCUCCUUCCAUUGCCAAAAGCCCUGAAUUUCAGCAGGCACUCAGAGCCCAGGAUUUGGGGAAGAUGCUAGAAAUGUCAGAGAAAGAAGUCCAGAGGAUUGUGAAUGUUUUGGAUUUGUGGAAAAGUACCCAAAAGGAGAAAGUUGUGAGAUUCCAGGGAGAAAUGCCAACUGUCUCUGAAUUUCUCAGAUGGUUUCAAUGCCAUGUAUCUCAUAUAUCAUCAGAAGAACAUCAAUCAAUUCCCAUCAAGUUGAUGUCUGAUCUUUCUGACUUUGACUUGCACCUUCUUGGGAAAUUCAUGUUUAAUGGAGUGAUCAAUGGAAUCAUCAUGGAGGAUCAAUGGAUUAGUGCUCUUCGUGACAGUGGAAUCACUCCCAGAGAUGCACUUCAACUCUUAGUUGACUACCUAUGCUCCUUUGGAGUUGUAGAAACAAGAAGUCAUGUAUGCACUUAUGCAUGCAUUUUCCAAGCCACACUUGCAUUGCUUCUUUCACAAGCCUUGAGUUCAGAGAAACUUGGACAAGAGCACGAGUCAAAUAGAGCAGAGUGCAGUGCUUUUGUAUCUCUUGCAAUGGAGAAGCUUCUGCAAACGCCCAACAUCAUAGUAGCUCUCCUCUGUGCUCUAUCCAUUAGAGCUGCUAUAAUUAAAGAGACUAGAAAGUCAGAGGGGGACUUGGCAAAGGGAGAACACUGUACAGAAGCAGAAGGAUGGGAAACAUUGACAAAUGAGACCGUGAAGGUAAAUCAGUUGAUCCGCCAGCUAGAAGAUGCUGCAUUCCUCUUCAUCCUUUUGAAGUCUUCUUUGGCCUGCACCUUGAAGAAAAGAGAACCUGAGAAACUUUCUGUAUCGUUGUCUGAACUCAUCUCAAAGGGCAGAGGAAGCGUCUCAGAAAAAGUUGCUCAGUGGUUAGUGGCAAAUGAUGCCUCUGCAGGACUGGUUUACAUUCUCCUGUCUUCCCUUCGAAGCUGUUCAAAUGAAACAAAUGAUGAUGUGAGAAGUCCUGGACAUCAUCGAAAAGAUGUUUUCACCAGGCUUGAAGACUAUCCCAUCUUCCUUCAUAUCAGAGGUGUCUGGUUUGCAGCACAGCAGCACUUCCCUUACAGCUUUGAUGAUGAUCUCAUAAUUGGAAAUUGUGCUGUGGAGUUUUGUGUUGAGUGGACCAAAAACAUGGAUGUCAUGCAUUACUUAGAAAGAAGCCUUGACAUCCUUAAGCUUCUUCGCUCAGCUCACUUGAGAAGAGGUAUCCUCAAUCUGCUUUGGUCUAUCCAUAUUGGCCGUCCAUUUGCUGCAGGAGCUAUAUUGAUUAACAAAGUAGGAAGAAUGCCAAGGGAGCGCCUCUGUCGCCAGGAGGUGGGAAUGAUGGAAUCUUCCUUUCGGGCUUUCAUCCGCAAGUGUCGUUUACUCUUGGAGAUGCUUCUUGAGGCCAUCCUCAUGUGUCAAUCGGAACAUGCCCCUCGCUACAUGUCAGAGGAUCUAUGGCCCCCUGGAGCUCCACCAAAGCCACUUUGGGAAACAGUUCUCGAAAAGCAACCUCCUGUUCAGCGCAGUGUGGAGAUGCACCUUGAUCUGGCAAACAUCUUGGAGAUGAUAUUGGAGUUCAAUGUCAAGCAGCCACAUCCCAUUCAUCUCAUCAGUGAAUCUGCAAAGACGGAGUUGUUUCGAGAACUUCACCAUCCAGUGCAAUUGACUCAUUUAUCUGGUGUGAGGUCAGCUCGCUCGCAGUUCUUAGAGUCUGUGAUAUCAACUCUAGUGGCUUCCCUACCUGAUAUCAGCAAUUUCUCAACAUCUGCACCCUUGCCUCGCAAAACUUCCUUGGACUUGGAUGAAAUAGACACAUAUUUUAAUGAAUAUGGAAGAGGAAGAAAUAGUGAAAUGGAAGAGAAAGGAAGUGAAUGGGAAUGGAAUGAGAAGCAGGAAGGACCAGGGAGCUGGAUUACACGGUGUCUUGCCCUUGCUGAGAAUUGGGAGAUGAACUGUGACUCUCUCAGACAGUAUCAUGUCUCUCAGCUCUACUCAAGAGGCUUAGAUUCCAUAGCUGAGGAGUACCUGCCAUCUGUGAACGACUCGGUGUCCCUCGCCCAACAGUUGCUCGUGAUAGCAGGGCACCGUUUUCAGCAUUACCAGUUGAAUGUUGCAGAAGGACUGAGCCAUUCUAUGGCUGAACUCACUCCUAUUCUUUCCACCUGGCUCAUGGGCCUUAAGCAGCAGUCCAGGCCACACAGCAUCAAUGUUCCCAUCGAAAGCACCGAGGUACUCGUCUCCUUCGUCGUCAAAGCCCUCCCCGAAUAUCAGAAGGACCAUCGAGUGGCUUCCGACCUGCUCGAAGCCCUUCAUGCAGUCGCAACAUGAACUCCGUCACCCUGAUCAUUUUUACCAAUUUCUUCUAUUAUCUUUUUGCUGGGCAGAAAUUUUUCCUUUCCAAGCAUUAUUUAUACUUGGGUUGUAAAAAUGGUCAGGCCUUAGAAGAGUCUGACUUUGGCCUGAUGUCAGUGCCUUUUAAAGAAUAAUAGUGUGGGUUUCAUAACCUGAAGAUUCUUAAUUUGAGUUUUUGAAGUGGUAUGAAUUAUUGCAUGUGACCAGUGCCCCUGAGAGUUUCAAAUACAGGUAUUUGGGAAAAUUUAUUCAAAUUUCUGUAUCCACUGGUUGUUAGAUUUUGUGCUCUUGUU